GAAUUCCGGCGCAAUGAUGGAAGCGGCAAGAAAGCAGGCAAGUGUCCCGACAACCCCAGGAUGCAGAAACCCAGCGCCAUCGCCGUUUCAUUGGCCAGACAGCCAGAGCACCGAAAGCUUUCACUGACGACCGACAAGAGGCCACCAGCGGGGGCCUGCCCCUCAACCCCUGCAGCAGAUUGUGGCCCACCAAAUGUCCACCAUUCACCUCGAAACGAACAGCCGGAAUGCCCUUUCUCACCGACUUCUUGAAACGUCAGGUCUCUUUUCAGCUAGAGACACCUCAGCAGUACAAUCAGGCUUGUUGGAGAGUUCGGAAUGUCUUGUUUCGCUCUUGUUGGUUCUGGGCUUCAGAGGACGAACGACCACCAGGCACUGAUGACGUAAGGAGACCGUUUUAGAAGCACCUGAAGAAUAGUGUAGGGCUGUCAACCAGCCUGGGCAGGGUCCAGCUCGCCCAGCCUGUCCGUGUCAACUCACGAUAUCAUAUUCUUGAGCAUAGCUUGUCUGGAAAUCUGCGGCACAAUCGUGUAGGGAGCUCAUGAACUCUACCUGUCUGACAGCUAACAGUUGCCGACGGGAUACGGAUCAUGUCAACCGCAGCAUCCUAACAGGUUGGUUGCGAGAAUCUCAGUGGGCUCAAAGCACGUCAACAGUACUUCAUAAACCAAUUGAAUACAGGCUUCUGAAAUUAUACUUGUACGAUUCAUGAUACCGGACUCCCAUCAAAAUCCCAAACGCUUGCAAAAAGUCCAAAAAGCUGUCAUGAGGCUUAGCCGAGACACUCUCCCUUUAGCGACCCGAGUCUAAGGAUUGCUAAGCCGCGUAUCAAUCCCCGUCUCCGUCCCCUGACGUCUUUACACCCGUAUCCAAACAAAUCUGCCUCGCCGUCUAUGCAGCUUCGGAGCAUCGACACUAUCGUCUCUAAAGAACAGAAAUAAUCCACAGAGGGUCAAGUUGCCAGUUCCGAUGAAGUCGGACCGAUACCCCAAGUGGGCCGAGCUCGAAGCCGGCGACUUCGGCUCCGAUUCACGGUCACGUCGGAGGCCGGCAAGGGCGAAGAGAGUGACUUUGUGUGUUGUAUUCACAUGCCUCUUACUUUCAUAUCUGUUUUUCCCCAUAAGCGGUGCCGGGUAUAUUCCCCGGAGGCCCCCCGCGUCAAAACCACAGCUGCCAAACAGCAUUGAAGAGCGCGUCAAGCACAUCUUGAGCCAUACACCCUUGAUUGAUGGGCACAACGACCUGGCCAUCCUCCUCCGGGCCUACUACAACAACCACAUCUACAACGACAACUUCACCAAGCCCUUCACCAAAGGCGGCCUCACCGGCCAUGUUGACAUCCCCCGUCUCAGGGCCGGGAUGAACGGCGGUGCUUUCUGGAGUGUAUUCUGGCCCUGCCCGUCCAACGGUUCAGAUUUCUCAGACUCCAGCUAUGGUUCCAUCGUAACAUCAACCCUCUCCCAAAUCGACCUCCUCCACCGCCUCUCCUCCUCCCAUUCAGAAACCUUCUCCCCCAUCAUCAACAUCUCCUCCCUCUCCGCUCUCGCCGCCUUCCGCCAAAACAACCAGCUCAUCUCCCCCCUCGGCAUCGAAGGCCUCCACCAAAUAGCCAACUCCCCCUCCAUCCUCCGCCAAUACCACUCCCUCGGCGUCCGCUACGCAACCCUAACGCACAACUGCCCCAACAAAUUCGCCGACUCCGCCCUCGACACUCUUCCAGACGACCCGAGAAAAGUCCGGAUCGCACCCCCUGUUCACCACGGGCUUUCUGCGCCUUAUGGUGUCGACCUCAUCAGGGAGAUGAACAGGCUAGGUAUGAUUAUUGAUUUAUCUCACACUUCGGUUGAUACCAUGCUCGAUGUCCUUGGUGGGAAUCCAGACAAGACAAGCGGGAGCAGGGCACCGGUUAUGUUCAGCCAUUCCUCUGCUUUCGCCGUCUGCCCUCACCCGAGGAAUGUGCCUGAUCGUGUGCUUGAUCUGGUGAGGCAGAACGGGGGGGUGGUGAUGGUGAAUUUUGCGCCGGAUUUCAUUAGCUGUGUUGAGGGUGGGGAGGGGGAGUUGCCGGUUUUUGAUGGGGAGAAUGCGACCAUUGAGCAGGUGGUGAGGCAUGUCAAGUAUAUAGGGGAGCGGAUUGGGUGGGAGCAUGUGGGGUUUGGGAGUGACUUUGAUGGGAUUGAGAGUGUACCGAAAGGAUUGGAGGAUGUGAGCAAGUACCCUGAUUUGGUUGGCAAGUUGUUGGAAGAGGGGGUGAGGGAUGAGGAUAUGAAGAAGGUGGUGGGGGGGAAUGUGUUGAGGGUUUGGGGGGAGGUGGAGAGGGUUGCGAGGGAGAUGCAAGAGAAAGGAGAGCCGGUGAUGGAGGAUGAGCUGCAUAGUUUGUGGUGA